AAGGUACACCGGCCUGAACUAAGUAAAGCUGCCACGAUUGACCCUCUCGAGGUUUACAACUCGCCAACCUCGUUCUCUUUUGCCUCUGUGCACGCAUACAGCGUGUUAGCUGAUUUUCGGUGCCGUGCAAAGUCGUAGCAGAAAACAUUCAAAAUGGUUAACUUCACCGUAGAUGAAAUCCGUGCCAUGAUGGACAAGAAGCGGAAUAUCCGUAACAUGUCCGUCAUUGCUCACGUCGAUCAUGGCAAGUCGACACUCACCGAUUCGCUUGUAUCGAAGGCUGGAAUUAUUGCCGGUGCCAAGGCCGGUGAGACCCGUUUCACCGAUACCCGUAAGGAUGAACAGGAACGUUGCAUUACCAUCAAGUCCACUGCCAUCUCCAUGUACUUCGAGCUAGAGGAUAGGGAUUUGGUGUUCAUCACCAACCCCGAUCAGCGCGAUAAGGACUGCAAGGGUUUCUUGAUCAAUUUGAUCGAUUCCCCUGGGCACGUUGAUUUUUCAUCGGAAGUAACUGCCGCGCUACGUGUCACUGACGGUGCACUGGUCGUCGUCGAUUGUGUGUCCGGUGUCUGCGUGCAGACCGAAACCGUGCUACGUCAAGCCAUCGCCGAACGUAUCAAGCCGGUCCUGUUCAUGAACAAGAUGGACCGUGCCUUGCUGGAGCUGCAGCUGGAAGCGGAAGAUCUGUAUCAGACCUUCCAACGUAUCGUGGAGAACGUUAACGUUAUCAUUGCCACCUACAACGAUGACGGCGGCCCAAUGGGUGAGGUUCGCGUUGAUCCAUCGAAGGGUUCCGUCGGUUUCGGAUCGGGUCUGCACGGGUGGGCCUUUACCCUCAAGCAGUUUGCUGAGAUGUACGCCGUUAUGUUUAAGAUCGAUGUUGUUAAGCUAAUGAACCGUCUGUGGGGAGAGAAUUUCUUCAACGCCAAGACAAAGAAGUGGGCCAAGGUUAAGGACGACGAUAACAAGCGUUCCUUUGUGAUGUACGUUCUGGAUCCAAUCUACAAAGUGUUCGAUGCUAUCAUGAACUACAAAGCUGACGAAAUCCCAAAAUUACUGGAAAAGAUCAAGGUUACCCUGAAACAUGAAGACAAGGACAAGGAUGGUAAGGCCUUGCUGAAGGUUGUGAUGCGUUCCUGGUUGCCAGCCGGUGAAGCUUUACUUCAGAUGAUUGCCAUCCAUCUGCCAUCACCCGUUGUUGCUCAAAAAUACCGUAUGGAGAUGUUGUAUGAAGGUCCGCUGGACGAUGAAGCCGCUGUUGCUGUGAAGAGUUGUGACCCGGAAGGUCCUCUCAUGAUGUACGUGUCUAAGAUGGUACCGACCUCGGAUAAGGGACGUUUCUAUGCUUUCGGUCGUGUAUUCUCCGGUAAAGUUGCCACUGGACAAAAAUGCCGCAUUAUGGGCCCCAACUUCACUCCCGGAAAGCGAGAGGAUUUGUACGAAAAAAGUAUCCAGCGUACCAUUCUGAUGAUGGGUCGUUAUGUUGAGGCUAUUGAGGAUGUUCCAUGCGGUAACAUUUGCGGUCUGGUCGGUGUUGAUCAGUUCCUGGUGAAGACCGGUACUAUUUCCACCUUCAAGGAUGCCCACAACAUGAAGGUCAUGAAGUUCUCCGUGUCGCCUGUGGUGCGCGUUGCCGUCGAACCUAAGAAUCCGGCCGAUCUGCCCAAACUGGUCGAAGGUCUUAAGCGUCUCGCUAAGUCCGAUCCUAUGGUGCAGUGUAUCAUUGAAGAAUCUGGUGAACACAUUAUUGCCGGCGCUGGUGAGCUGCAUCUGGAAAUCUGUCUGAAGGAUUUGGAAGAAGAUCAUGCAUGUAUUCCACUGAAGAAAUCCGAUCCCGUUGUGUCGUACCGUGAAACCGUGUCUGACGAAUCCGACCAAAUGUGUUUGUCCAAGUCGCCCAACAAGCACAACCGCUUGUUCAUGAAGGCUGUUCCAAUGCCAGAUGGUUUGGCUGAGGAUAUUGACAACGGAGAUGUAAACUCUCGUGACGACUUCAAGGUACGUGCCCGUUAUCUGGCAGAGAAGUACGAUUACGAUGUAACCGAAGCCCGUAAGAUCUGGUGCUUUGGUCCGGACGGAACCGGCCCGAACAUCGUUGUUGAUUGCACUAAGGGUGUGCAAUACCUGAACGAAAUUAAGGAUUCAGUAGUUGCUGGCUUCCAGUGGGCCUCGAAGGAAGGUGUUCUUGCUGAAGAAAAUAUGCGAGCUGUACGUUUCAACAUUUACGACGUGACAUUGCACGCUGACGCUAUCCAUCGUGGUGGUGGCCAGAUCAUUCCUACCGCUCGUCGUGUCUUGUACGCUUCGUACAUCACGGCCGCUCCACGUUUGAUGGAACCAGUGUAUCUAUGCGAAAUCCAAUGUCCAGAAGUUGCUGUCGGUGGUAUCUAUGGUGUACUGAAUCGUCGUCGUGGUCACGUAUUUGAGGAAGCUCAAGUCGCUGGCACGCCCAUGUUCGUCGUUAAGGCCUAUCUGCCUGUCAAUGAGUCGUUCGGAUUCACCGCUGACUUGAGAUCCAACACAGGUGGACAGGCGUUCCCACAGUGCGUGUUCGAUCACUGGCAGAUCCUGCCAGGAGAUCCAACUGAAGCCAACACCAAACCAUACAACAUCGUUCAGGACAUUCGUAAGCGUAAGGGUCUGAAAGAAGGUCUCCCAGAUCUAGCGCAAUACUUGGACAAAUUGUAAACAUUUUAUUAUUAAAAUAACAUUCUCACGAUUCAAACUAGAAGAGUGGAAAGAAUGAAGCAUAUUCUGCUACAAUUAAGCUAAAGGAAAUAAUUUAUAAAUGUUUACAAGAAAACUCCCACACUCACAACAAACCUGUCAGCAGUAUCAACCCAAACUGGAGAGACGAUCCUUCUACAACUGCUAAAACCAAUCCGCUUGUUUUUUGUUUGCUUUAAUUGGCAAAGUAUAGUUCGUACCUUGUUUUUUCCUCAUUGCAAGUACACACAACGCUACCACACAGACCCUUGGGGUUAGCGAAAUGAAAAAUCAACCGGCGACAGCAACCAAUCAAGAAACGAAAUACUUGUAUGAUCAACAAACAAUAAUGGAAACAGUGAUAUAACCGAGAAUACAGAAGAUGAGAAAUCAUGUUGAAAACUGGAACAGAAUGAGUGUAGUUUCACUUUCCUUUUGUUUUAAAGAUUAUGUUUUGGUGAUACCACAUCUUGAAAUAUGGCUAAAUAUUAUUCGACAGGGAUAGUUUUGCACUUUUUCUUCCAAGGGCACAACUCAGCAAAUCAACAUAUUGGUAAACAUUAUUUUGCUACGAGAUAAUUGGACAAAUUUUAUACUCUUUACAAGUGACGUUUAUUUUACAUUAAAAAAUACAAACGAAAACUUA